CGUAUAUCCUGCAAAUUAAAUUUCAUUAUAUAAAAAAAGAGAAAAAAAAGUAAAUAAUAAAUUUUUGCCAAGAAGUGAGAAAAUAUAUAUAAAAAUACACGUCAAGUAGCAGCAGCAGCAGCAUCUUAAAAAAUAUAAAUAGAAGAAAAAUAAAAAUCAUUUGUGUGUAAAUAAAUAAAUAAUAAAAAAUUAAAUUGAAAAAAGUCAAAGUAUCUGUGUAAAAAUGAGUAUUGCACUUCUCAUUGAUGCGGCGGAAUUUCUGGAAAGACGUGAGAGAGAACAAGAGCAUGGAUAUGCAACUAGUUUACCCGUUCCGCAUGAAACGUCGAAACUUAGAACGACAUCGGUGACGAGUAGGAAAUUUUCAAGGGGUGGUAAUAGUAGGAAAACACAAGGGAAUAGGUCAACUCACAACGAAUUGGAGAAAAAUAGGAGAGCUCACUUACGUAGCUGUUUAGAAAGACUGAAAGAAAUCGUCCCACUUGGCUCCGAUACGAGUCGACAUACGACACUAGGAUUGCUCACGAAAGCAAAACGAUUCAUGAAGAAUCUGGAGCGCAAAGAGAAGCAUCAAGCGAUGCAAUUAGAACAAUUAACUAAAAAACAAAUAUUUCUGAAAUGGCGUUGUGAGCAACUGAUUUCAUACAAUGAAGCACUUUGCAAGAGACGAUCUGUAUCGGAAUGUUCUACCUCUACCAUAUCGAGUACAAAUUCAUAUGAACUUACUAGAUCAUCGUCGUCCAUUUGUGAAUCAGAUGAGACUGACGUUAUCGGGGCAUUUAGCCAAUCGGACUCUGAUGAUCACUUAUCUGUACAAUCGCUAAAAUCUGGCGGCUCUGUUGAUAGUGGUGUUGUAUUAAAAUCAAAGCCGACUCCCCGCUUGAUAAUGAGUUCAACUGGAAAAACUAUUGUUGCAUAGGAUAAUGAAACUCUUUACAAAAAAAAUGCACAUCCAAUAAAACUAAUACGUGCCUCUAUAAAAAUACACAGAAAAAAAUAUUAAUAAAAAACACAUUAAAGAACAUAAGAUGAAUGAAAUAAAAAGGUUGGAGAAUGUUGCUGUCGCUCAAGAAAGAAAAAUCUGUUAAAACAUAUUUCCCCGAAAAAAAACACACAAACGAGAUAUCAAAGCUGAAGAGGAGUAACACACACACAUAAUAAAUCAUACACAUACUGAUGUAUAUGAUGGAAUAAAAAAUCAUUAAUGAGAAAAAAUUCAUAAAAAAAAGAUGGAAAAAAGAGCAAGAAGCAUUUUGUAAAGGAUUUAAUGUUGUCUAAGUAAUAAUAAUAGUAAUAACAAUUGUGGAUAUAAAGAUCGAAAGCUUUUAACAUGAAUAUUCACUUCAUUGAGAAAAACAUAUGAACGACUGAGCUCUUUUAAAAUCACUUCAUUGUUUAUUUCCCUUUUUAAUUUCCACUCGCUGCAUUAAUAUGAAAUAUCUUUAAAAAUGUACAGCUAGCAGAGAUAAAAUAAAAAUUAUGAUAAAUUGUGUAUAAAAAAAUCCAGUCAAGUCUCCUUCGCUAAGUUAAAUCAUUCUCUACCAUAAUUAAUAAAUGUAGCACUAAGAAUCAUGCACAAUUCUUCAUUCAUUAAUUUCCAAGACACAAGGGAUGUGUAUAGAAAUAAACAUUUAUUCCUUUCAUCUCCAUUCUCUCAAUGCGAGGGGAUGGGUGGGGUGAAAAAUAAUGGCAACAUAUAUACAAUAAUAAUUAUAAAUUAUAAUAAUAUAUAUUUAUUUUUGUUAUGUAAAUUAAAUAAUUCAAAAGAUCACAACAUUAAUUUUUGUCAUACAUAUACAUUUAAUGCGACAAUGUUAAAUGCUCGGUCAUGCAAAUAAUGAAAUUCAGAAGCUUCUCUCAUUUGACUGUAUGCAAAAAUUCAUUUGUUUUUCUUUUUAAUUGAUUUAAUUUUGUUUCCGUUGAAGCAAAUGAUUUUAUACAUUUGUAUAAUUCUUAUUUGAGAAUGCGAAAUUAUUUUC